CGUGUCCGUUGUUCAACCCGGUAAGGAUUAUUUUUAUACGUAGCGGCGUAAUUCCAAAGCCAAUAGGGGUGUUGUUCGGCCCGUACACAACCAUUAAUUUGUACGUAAGGCAAAGAAGGUUUUCUAAAUCGCAACAGAUUCAUCACUUUGUUUGAAAUAAACAUUGAUUUGAAAAAGUUACUUCCGAAAUAUGGCAGAAUGGAAGUACGACCUGGCUCUUGUGAAAACUCUGACGGAUAAAAAGAUUAGAGAACAGACAUGGUACAAGGAGAGACUGAAGACCAAGUUCAUUAAGUCCAAGAAGCCAGGUGAUGUUUCUAAGACGCUGAGUGGAGGUCGUUGGCAGUUUCUUCUUCAAGGGCUGGAUGACUUCAGAGAUGGACUGCCUCCCAAAGUAGAAGAUUCUAUUGUUGUCAAGGGUACCAAGGGAGAAAUUGAACCAAACAUCCACGGAGAUACAACAAUGAAGUACCCCAAGACAGAGUCAGUGAACCGUCACCGAUUCACCGAGGAAGAGGUGGCUUAUCUACGGACCCUCCCACUACAACAACAGAGGAGAGAUCACAUCAAUGAGAUGGAGUAUGGACUGUUACAACAUCCUCUAGCUCUGUAUCCACAUCUGGAAGAGAGUAUGCCGCCUGAUAUCUUUGAGGAUGUUGUUGAGAUUUUGGACCCGGAGAUGAAUCUUGACAGCGAAGCAGAAGAUGAAGACGAUUUUGAAGAAGGUUUGACCAACUCAUACGGAGAGACUGAUCCCUCAGAGGAUAAGAAUAGGCCAGCUUCAGGGUUAUCAGAUGGGUCAUCAAGUGAAACCAAGGUCCGCAAUCCGUACCGCUGGCUCCCUCGCAAAGAGGAACAACAAAAGGAAGAUCGCAAAGCCAACCGAAGACGAAGUGAAUCACCAUCUCAGGAUGAACAUAUCAAGGAUGUCACCAAGGAGUUCUGUGAUUGGGUGUCUGGUCUGGGAGGAGACAGUAACAAUGUAGAGGAGUCAACCAUACAUAGUUUAUUUGCCAGUGGAUAUGAGACAAAGCCAGCGUUGUCCGUUCCUAUUCAUGUUGUGGAAUUGACCAAUGUACCACCAGAGUUAAGAAUGUCAGCGACGGUCUCACAAGAAGAGUUGCCAACUCAGACUUUGGAACAGGUGGAGAAAACACAGAAACAAUUGUAUGGUGGUUACCAGCCAAGUUGGUUGAAAAUGAAGUAUGGUGCCUGGUACUUGGCUCCUAAGACGUGGAGCAGACGGAGAAAUGACGAGCCUCUGGAGGAUCCCAAAGCGCUGAAGGAUAAGGAGAUGUCUGAUUCUAAGAAGAAGAGUCUUGCAAUGGAUGAGCAGCUAGCACCACUGCAUGGAUCCAAGUCAUUCAAGGAAUUUGUGGAGAAGAAGGCAACCAGGAUGCCAGAGUUUUUGGAUCGAGUUGCCCAGUUUCAAGCUCAAGCAGAGGCAGAAGAGUUGGCUGCAGCGAGGUCAGAGAAAGGUCGUGAUAGUUCACGGGAGAUUGAGGCCAAGUGAUAUCCUAUUAAACAAGAUGCAGUUAUACAAACAAGUGCAAUGUAGUUUUUAUAUAAUGUUGAAUGGUCGAGAAUGUUUUUUUUGAUAAUGUUAAGGACAUGAGCACAUGUACCAAGAAUAUUGGUUCAAACGUCAAGUGAACUUGAAGGGAUUAAGGAAUUGUUUUUAUAGUUCAGACUUUAUAUUGGCCCCUUCAUUGUACCCCUUCAUUUUUUGUUAAUUUGAGUUUCCAUAAUCUCAGUUUUGUCUUCCAUGGUUAUUUGAGGACUUUAAAAGCUAAGCGAAUAAUUCAGGAUGUAACAUUUUGUUUCUGUCUGGGCAAAGCAAAACUGCUACCCUAUUUAUGAGAUUAACAAUUGGGUCACUUUUGAAACUUCAAAUUUAUUGUCAUCAACUAGGCCUAGAGCUUUCCAUGUAAAAAUGUAAAUAAACAAAACAAUUGUACAAAUUAGAGAAAGUAAAUAAAAGACUUUUGUCGAAAAGUAAAA